AUGCGAGUAACAUUAAUAGCAGUAGCGAUAGCCCUUUUGGGCGCCGCGCUCGGCGAUGAAGUACCAACUGAAGACAAUGUUCUGGUUCUCAGCAAAGCCAACUUUGAUAAUGUUGUUUCCACCACCGACUUCAUAUUAGUCGAAUUCUAUGCGCCCUGGUGUGGUCAUUGCAAGUCGUUGGCGCCGGAAUAUGCUAAGGCUGCUACGAAGCUGAAUGAGGAAGAAUCUCCAAUCAAAUUGGCUAAGGUAGAUGCCACACAAGAGCAAGAGCUUGCUGAAAGCUAUGGAGUCAGAGGAUAUCCAACACUGAAAUUCUUUAAGAACGGCAACCCUAUUGAUUACUCAGGAGGACGACAAGCUGAUGACAUUGUCGCAUGGUUGAAGAAGAAAACGGGUCCUCCUGCUACAGAGAUCACAUCAGUAGAACAAGCUAAGGAAUUAAUUGCUGCCAACUCUGUUGCUGUCUUUGGUUUCUUCCCAGAUCAGGCAACUGAAAAAGCAAAGGCCUUCCUUGCUGUUGCAGGGCUUGUUGAUGACCAAGUAUUCGCAAUUGUUAGUGAUGAGAAAAUCAUUGAUGAGUUAGAAGCUCAGCCAGAAGACAUUGUCCUAUUUAAAAACUUUGAAGAGCCACGUGUCAAGUAUGAAGCAGAGUUAUUUAAUGAGGAUCUCUUCAAAACAUGGGUCUUCGUUCAAAGCAUGCCUGUUAUUGUGGAGUUCUCCCACGAGACUGCAUCCAAGAUCUUUGGUGGACAGAUCAAAUACCAUCUGCUGCUGUUCCUGUCCAAGAAAAAUGGUGAUUUCGAGAAGUAUAUCGAAGAGUUGAAGCCAGUCGCCAAGAACUACCGCGACAGAAUCAUGGCCGUUGCUAUCGACACAGAUGAGGAUGACCACCAAAGAAUUUUGGAGUUCUUCGGUAUGAAGAAGGAUGAGGUGCCAUCGGCUCGUCUUAUUGCCCUCGAACAGGACAUGGCUAAAUACAAACCAACAAGCUCAGAACUCAGCGCCAAUACUAUUGAGGAAUUCGUUCAAUCAUUCUUCGCGGGAACCCUGAAACAACACCUACUGAGCGAGGAGUUGCCCGAGGACUGGGCUGCCAAGCCUGUUAAAGUGCUUGUGGCGACCAACUUUGAUGAGGUGGCAUUCGACAACACUAAGAAAGUUCUCGUCGAGUUCUACGCCCCAUGGUGUGGUCAUUGCAAACAGCUAGCUCCCAUCUACGACAAGCUGGGUGAGCACUUCGAAAAGGAUGAGGACGUCAUCAUCGCCAAGAUGGACGCUACCGCCAACGAGCUCGAGCACACUAAGAUUACCUCCUUCCCUACUAUCAAACUGUACACUAAGGACAACCAGGUGCGUGAAUACAAUGGCGAGAGGACGCUCGCCGGUCUCACUAAGUUCGUAGAGACUAACGGAGAAGGUGCAGAGCCUGUACCAAGUGUUAGCGAGCACGACGAAGACGACGAAGCGCCGGCCCGAGAUGAGUUAUAA